CGCGCAGCUAGUCGAGAGGUGGCGGGCCCCUGGCGCCCCGCGGCCACCAUGCUCAGCGUCGUGCACUUCCUCCGGAGCUUCUUCAAGACUCCAGAGCCAGGUGCACACCUGCCAGGUGAAGGUGAGAUAGAAGAUAACCAGCUGCCCCUAUCCCCUGCAGAACCAGACAGGCAGAGAUGGAGUCAGGAAACAGACCCCAACGAUUUUGAGACACUGUCUCACCAGAGUGAAAGUCGAUCAGACACAAAAACUGACCCCUUUGAAAGUGCCUCUGAGACAGAGUCCCUGCAGGGUGACCUCACUGAGGGAGUCUGCCUCCCACCAAGUGGUCCUUCUGUAGAUGGAGAAGCAAGCUGGAAAUGUCCUGAUGCCUCAGCUUCUAGCCCUGCUCCAGAGCAGCAUGUGGCCUGUGCCCAUGGUCUUGGUGCAGAGGAAGGACUGGAUCUGACUGCUGGCUUCAAGGUAGAGUCUUGCAGAAAUGAGUGUCGAGCCUUCGCUGCAGUCACUGGAGACGUGGAGGCACAACACCUCUGGAACUGUGUGACCAGCCUGGAGCAAGAGUCUUUGUUGGCAAGGGAUCCCCAAUGCCCCCGGUGCUGCUGGCGGGGUGCCAGAGAGAGCCCCAGUCCCCAAGCAGCACAGGUGCUGACUGUUCCAUACUGCAGGGGCCUCUUGGGAGUUUCUCUUCAGAAAUCCAGGUCUGAGAGCUGUCUGAGCCACCCAGUGGUCUGGCCCUCCCCUCUUGGCUGCUAUAAACUGAGUCGGAGUUGGACGCAUAUCCACAACAAAGUCAGGGCAACAGUGCCCCCUCCAGGAGGCCCACUGGACAGUGCAUCCCCUCUGUGGGCUGGAACAAAAGAGGAAAGUACUCCAGGCCUCUCCCUAGACACAGACUUGCUCUGGUCCCAGCCCUGUGCUCAAGACCCCUGUUGGUAUCCCUUGCAGAAAUCUUACCCAUGCACCAAGCUUCACCAUAGUGCCCCAGAAAAUAUCGGUGACAAAGAUCGGGCAUCCCCAGGACCCCACUGUUGGCCCAUGAGGACCUUGACUAAGGCCCAUUCCGAAACAGAGUUUUUCUUGGGUUAUCCUGAGGGUCCCCUGUGGCAGAACUUUGUGAAGUCUGGGGCCCAGUUGGAGGAAGGAACAGAAACAGAAAGAACUCCAAAAACACAGAGCACCUUCCCCCAAGCGCCCACCUGGCAGUCUCCUUUGCUUCCAGCUCCUCACCUGCAGGAUCACUACGAACCCAGUGGCUUUAGCUUGGAAAGGGCCUCUCAGGACACACCCUCUGCAGGUCUCCAGCGGGAAAACCAGUUGGGACAGAAUUCUAAGUCGUGCCCAGUCUCUUCAUGCCUGCCUUCAGAGUUGAAGAAGCUGGGUGCGCAGGAAGUGGCGGCGCCGGCCGUGGGCAGGUCAGAACAGAGCACCGGGAGCAAACCGGGAGAAUCCUGGGGCACCCGCCCUGCACCCAGCGCUGCCGAUGUGGGAGAUGAAGGAAAGCACCUUCCAGACAUUGCUGUGGAGGCAGGAAAUCAAACUAGUAAGCGCACAUCAAAGUACAUUCUCAGUGGAAAAAGAAAGCCACUCAGUGUGGCCAAGUUCCCACGUCAUUCUAGCAGUGGUGGAACCCGUGUGUGGAACAGAGACUUGAUGGGUGGUUCCGAGGUGGGUGACAGUGCAGAUGCCCCGGAGACCACCCUGAAGUCAAGUGCAACAGACACUUCAAAGGACCCAGAAGAGGCAAUGGUUGUAGACCCCGCCUGCAGGAAGAAUGCCCUGCAAAGUCUCUGGGGAUUCACAAAAGCCAAAGUGUCUGGAUGCAGCACCUGGGACCAGGUGUGUGACCAGGGGCCUGGAGAUGGCACCCUCGCUGGCGGGCAGCUGGAGCCCAGAGCAGAUGUGGCCUCCGCGGUCGGGUGCGCUCUAGUCAUUGCAGCGGUGCAGCGGACCGCCAGUGAUCUGCAGGCCAAGGGCAGCACAGUGGAUCCGCGUGCAGAAAUACAGGCCCUCCACUUUCCAGAGGAAAAGCCGGGAUCUUCCCGCAGUUCUGUCGCCAUUCGCUGUGGGUCUCCCAGGGCUAGGCAAACACUAACUGAUGGCAAUGAGAGUGAGAGUGAGCGGCCAGCAGUCCCCACACUGAGUGCUGGGGAUCACGCUACUCAGCCGGUGGACCGAACUGCAGAGCCUGGGCGUGUUCUGGUCUCCCGAGCGUCUUCGAAAGAAACGCUGAGCACCGAGAAGCUCUCAGAAGAGAAACCGCCCCCGGAGAGCCAGAGCCCUGAGCUAGAGGGCGCGCACCCGACCCAGGGCCUCUCUGCCGCGGCGAGUUGGGGGCUGCAGAGCCGGGAGCUCAGGCCAGGGGAACUAGGCGCGGAGAACUCAGAGCUCCCGGGAGCAGGGGUCAGUGAGGCCCCCGAGGGCGGCGCUGCUGGAGCCUCGGCGGGAGGGCGGGGCGCCCCAGCCUCGGCCGGCGCCCACGCGCUCCAGCCGCCCGGGCAGACCCGCGAGCUUUGCAAAGCAGCGCACGAGCCAGGGAAGAGCCCGGUGUUUCCCAUGGUGACCUCCUUCAGGAAAGGCAGGCUCUCGGCCACAGAGAGCUCUGGAGAGGGCUCCGACCCCCGGGCGCCCGGUGCCCUGACCCCGACCUUGGAAGGCAGCACCCUGGCUAAUUCCGGCCCCGAGGAGGAGCUCCCGGCGGAGAGUCGCACCGCCGAGGCGGGCUGGGACCCGGCGUCCCCCAACCAUGUGGGCGGGAGCGCUGCUCCUGAGAUCGUCUCCUCCCGCGCAGGCAGAGCGGCCGUUGGGCCGAGAGAAGUGGAGGACGUGGGGACACCAGGAGACCCCAGUAGCCGAAGGCCUUCCUCAGAAAGCUGCACCUCAAAGAGACUCAAAACAACGGAGAAAGCGUUCAGGGCAAAGUUGGCCUUAGCUCAUAAGACUUUUUCCAAUUUUUUUGAGUCAAAAGUUGUAGAAAAAGAGAACACAGAUGAGCGUGCUCUGGGUUCUCUCAAGGGCGAGAAGGAGAAGGGCAGGUCGCGCCAGAGUUCCUGGCGGGCAUUGCUGAGGAGCAAAGACGCAGAAGGCCCCAAGCGAGCCCCCUCUGUGAGUCGGCUGCCAGGACCACAGGUCCCGAAUCCCCUGGACCCACCCCCACAGGUGACCAGCAGCCAUUCGGAGGAGUCCGCUGAGAAUAAGAACUAUGGUUUCAGAGAUCUCUGGGGACCUCCGCGGCCUCCCACCCCUUUGUCGCCCAAUGGUUUGAUCUCUCCAGAACAUAGGAGGAAAAGUGAACCAACCAUCAAAUGCACAGCCUCCCCGGAAGGCGGUAGGUACCUACCCACAGGCAUCUUUCCUGAAAAGUCCUGGCUGACGUCCCCCACCAGCCCUGGAGCCCAGCAGGCUGGCAUCAGCCGCACCCUGCCCUCCGGCUCUGCCUGCUGCUUGGCGGAUGAAAACCAGGGCAGGCCCUGCAAGCCCCUGAGCCCCAAGCCCCUGAGCCCCAGGCCUGGUGUCCAGCGGGAGGAUCUCCACUACCCUGGCAGGGGGACCGCUAUCUCCAUGGUUUCUCUCGGAAGCUACAGCGAUGUGGACGGCAGUUCUGUGGUCCCUGGAAGGCCCAAGAUCCCCAAGGCCCGGACAAGCCUCCUCCUUUCUCUGCAGACAUUAAACCAGGAGGACCAGAAGGAAGACAGUGAGAAAAGAGGCCAUCUGCACCUCGGGCUGAGCGCAGCGCCCUCGCUCAGGGACCUUCCUGGGAGUGAGAACCACGUGCCUUGGGAUGAGCCACCAGGGAGGAGACCCAGCUGCUUCUGCGGCCAGAGAACCUUUCCCUCAGAGUCAGCUCAGAGGCAAUUCUCCACUACCAACAGGGUGACGCACGUCCUCCCCUCUGUGUCUACAGAGGAUGCCCCCAAAGAAGUUCCUUCCCAGCCCAGGAGCACCCCUCAGCACUCAUACAUCAGCCGGGAUGAUCUGUGGCUGGAGAAGACCCAGAGAAAGAAGUUGGAGAAGCAGGCCCAGCUUGUGCACGCAGGGUCAGUGCUCAAAGACCAAGACAAAGAUUGGAGGAAGAUGAUCAUUGCCUCCCCAGAGUCUUUCAAUGUCCUCAGAAGAAGCCAUCCUCUCUCCCAGAGUGCCCCAAUGGUAUUGAACUACAUGAGCUGGCCAGAGCACGUGCCUGACACACAGAAGAGUUGGCUGGGCCUCAGCCACCUCUCAUCUAGCAACAGGCAACUGACUGACUUAGCCUUUGGCAAUGGGGCAGGAUGGGAAAGAAAGCCCUGUGUCAUCAUGGGCUGCAGGAGUAUGCGCAGCGGCGUGGUGUGCGGCGGCCGCGGCGGCAGUGGGGGCAUGCGCGGCGCCCUGUCCCGCGCCUGGAGCCUGGAGAGCCUGCGCUCGGCCACCGCCGUGGUACUGCCGGAGAAAAAGACGUUGGCCCUAGAAUUAGCCCAGCGAGGCAGUCCAGAGUGGUUAGUGAAUGACAGCCACCUGCCCUAG